UGGACAUGAAGAAGAGGAUCCACCUGGAGCUGAGGAACCGGACCCCAGGAGCUGUAAGCAGAGCCCCUUCGGGCGCCCGCGCCCCCGAUGACUUGCACGUUCGAGAACUUGUCUUGGACAAUUGCAAAUCAAAUGAUGGAAAAAUUGAGGGCUUAACAGCUGAAUUUGCAAACCUAGAGUUCCUCAGUUUAAUAAAUGUGUGCUUGCUUUCAGUUUCAAAUCUCCCCACAUUACCUAAAUUGAAAAAGCUUGAGCUCAGUGACAAUAAAAUCUUUGGAGGUCUGGACAUGUUAGCAGAAAAACUUCCAAAUCUCACACACCUAAACUUAAGUGGAAAUAAACUGAAAGAUAUAAGCACCUUGGAGCCUUUGAAAAAAUUGGAUUGUCUGAAAAGCCUGGAUCUGUUUAAUUGUGAGGUCACCGACCUGAAUGACUACCGAGAGAGUGUCUUCAAGCUCUUGCCCCAACUAAGCUACCUGGAUGGCUAUGAUAGAGAGGACCGGGAAGCCCCAGAUUCAGAUGCAGAGGUGGAUGGUGUAGAUGAAGAGGAGGAGGAUGAAGAAGGAGAAGAUGAGGAGGACGAGGAAGAUGAGGAUGGUGAGGAGGAGGACUUUGAUGAUGAAGAGGAUGAGGAUGAGGAUGAAGACGUGGAUGGGGAUGAAGAUGAAGAUGAAGUGAGUGAGGAAGAAGAAUUUGGACAUGAUGGAGAAAUUGAUGAAGAAGAGGAGGAUGAGGAUGAAGAUGAAGAUGAAGAGGAGGAAGAAAGCGGAAAAGGUGAGAAGAGGAAGAGAGAAACAGAUGAUGAAGGAGAAGAUGAUUAAGACCCCAGAUAACCUGCAAA